ACGAAAAUGAGGUAAAUUUGUUGCUACCGAGCGAAGAAAGGCAGACGUAAGAAUAACUUUGAUAUCCUACACAAACGGCUAGUUCCCAGCUGGCAUAUGUAUAGCGGGUCAAAAUUUCCAGAACCCACCCGCUGAACAGAACAAUAACGGAAGAUUUCAUUUAACUAUGGUCCCAGAUCCGGGGGCCGGGUCCAUACAACAGCCGGCCAGCAGUGUGUCGGUUCCAUGAGCUGUACUUCAAGAACAAACCAUGCCUGGGGGCUCCGUUCGUCCUCGUGCUUUGCAUACUGCCGAGUCAACCUUGGAGGCCCGGUCACAGACCUUGCUAGGCCCUCGUGGGUCGAAAAGGAGGGGCACAUGUAUCGCAUCCGACAGGACAAUCUCUCUGAAAAUGACGGCGUUGUUUAUCUUGUCUAGCUCGAAAGAAACAUGGGUUUGUGAGCGGGGGAAUGCGGAAAUUAAGACGAACACUUCCGCGACACGUUUUCAGACUAGCGCCUGCGCCAAGGGGCAUGGCCAUGUGGCCGCCGUUUGUCUGACCCGCCGCUCUGGUCCAGCCACCAUAAGGGUGCUAGAAAAAAGGGGAGCCUGUCUCAAGCCUCCUCUACCAAGGCGCUGGCCACCACGAUGGAAAUCAAGAUAUCAAAAUCAUGCACUUUGGACAGCAACUCACGUCACGCAUAGAGAGAGCAAGCAAGAUUGUUGAAAAGAUAUGGUUGAAAUGCCCUUUGUCAAAUGGCAGUUUGCAAAUAUGAUACGGGAGAAAUGGCGAGAUAUUGUCC